AUGUCUUCAGACUACCAGAAAGGAAUCAUGAUGGAUUUCAACAAUGCUACCAACAACUACUUGAUACAGAACCCACUUACCCCACAACUUGUUGCAGUCUUCACAAUCAUCGCCUGCUUGGCUGUGCUUGGUAACGGCUUGGUCAUCACCGUUAUGCUGCUCAGACGACGAGUGUUCAGCUCCUUCACAAAUCGCCUCAUCCUGCACCAGUCAGCCAUUGACUGUGUUACCGGAGUUGUGUUUUUCGUGUGGCGGGUUGUUUUACAGAUCAUCCAAAAACCAGUGUUCUUUGAGGGUAAUAUAAUAUAUGCCCAGUUAAUCUGUCGGUUCAUUACCGUUGAUUAUUUCGUGUGGUGUAUGAAUGUGACAUCCACCUACAACCUUGUCAUCAUAUCGCUGGAGCGGUUUAUGGCGACUUGCCACCCGGUGAAGCAUCGCAAUACUUGGACCUCUGUCAAGCUGAAGUUUGCCAUGGGAACUGCCUGGGCCAUUGGCUUUAUGUACGGUUCGCAUUUCGCAUUUCUGUUUGAAGUUAAUGAAGGUCAUUGUCAACCUACGGAAUUGGAAACUAGUUUGAAGGUUUUCGAAAUUUCAGCGACGAUUACUAUCGAAUACCUGGUUCCCACUACCAUAUUGAUCUAUACAUACAGUCGGAUAUUCAUGAAGCUCACCAAGAAAUCUGCUAAUCCAGUGCACGGUGCUCGGAAUACCACGAAUAAAGCAAAGAAAAACGUUCUUGUUACGACAAUGCUGAUAGGCAUAAUGUUUGUGUUGUGCUGGACACCGAUAGAAGUGGUGUACCUGUAUCAACAACUUUCAGGAGAUUGGAGCACUCCGUUGUACGAUAUCUUUACCAGUCUGGUGGCCUGCAACAUGCUCGUCAACCCGGUUAUUUACUGCUUCAAGUACGAGAAAUUUCGCUCAGAGCUGAGAAAACUAGUACUCAAGCGGUGUCGUAGAAAUCAAGUCGAAGAUGAGAACACCAUUUCAAUGUCAGCUGCUUCCUCACGAAUGAACACAAAUCUAAUGCAAAAUGGUCAAUCAUCUUAA